CGUCCAGGCCGCCAUGAUUCACCGCAGAUCCACCGACGACAAACCAAACAUUUCAACCCAACAAUUCGUUAGGCAAGUCCUCCAAGACGGCCACGACACCGAUCCCGAUUUCCAAUCCAAUGCUUGGCUUUCAGCCCUGCAAUUAAACGGAUCUGCCACUCCUCUGGGCGCAAUCACUCACCAUCAUGAAAGAGUAGAUCACGUCAUCGGUGUUAUCAAAUCCUGCAAUCCCAAUGGGUUUGGAGAUGCAACAGUUACACUCAAGGACCCUACGGGCACUGUUGGCGCUAGUAUCCAUCACAAGGUCUUCACUGAAAGCGUAUUUGCGAAAGACAUAACUGUUGGAUCUGUUCUGCUUCUCCAAAAGGUCGCUGUGUUCUCUCCUAGAAAGUCUAAUUGUUAUCUGAAUAUAACCUUGUCCAAUGUAGUCAAGGUAUUUUCAAAGGACAGUGCACCUCCACCUGGAAGCUUCACAAACAUAACAGAAGAUUAAUAUUAGUUCUUUACUAAUUCUAUAUUAAGGACUAUUUGUGUAACUUUUGAAAUGCUGAACUUAGAUUUCGUAUUGUUAUUUUGCUUUACUUUUCCAAUGCUUAACUUGGAUUAUGUAUUGUAAUUUUGUUUAAAUUGGAUUAUGUAACUUUUCAAUUUUAAAGUCAUGUUAUAUUUGCUGCAAUUGGACUAAAGUCAUGUUAUUUAACUGUAAUUAAAGAAUCCGAAGGUUUAACUCUCGGACUAGUCCAGAACAUCAACCUCUGGACUGGUAUGGAGGUUUAAGUCCCGGAGGGUAUUCCCGACAUUUUUUUAAAAAGGCUAGGGUGGCAA